UUUUUUGCAAAUUUGUUCAAAUUUGAUAUUAUUUGCAACAAUAAAUAAAAAAAUAGUUAUUCUCCGAAAAUGGCUGAAUUUGGAACAGAUUCUGGUGGUCGGCUCAAGGGCGUAACUAUCGUCAAGCCUAUUGUUUAUGGCAACAUUGCCCGCUCGUUUGGAAAAAAACGGGAGGAAGAUGGACAUACACAUCAAUGGAAAGUAUAUUUGAAGCCCUAUUUCAACGAGGACAUGUCGAUAUAUGUGAAAAAGGUGCACUUUAAACUUCACGAGAGCUACGCUAAUCCCAAUAGGAUUGUGGUAAAGCCACCCUACGAAAUCACGGAGACCGGAUGGGGUGAAUUCGAAGUGGUCAUCAAAAUCUACUUUAAUGAUCAAUCCGAGCGACCGGUGACAUGCUAUCACAUUCUCAAGCUAUUCCAAUCGCCUGUAGUCGAUGGCGAGCUUACUUCAUCCACCACCAUGGAUACGAAAAAAGGCCUAGUAUCGGAAUCAUAUGAAGAGAUUGUGUUCCAAGAGCCCACCCAAGUUAUGCAGCAUUAUCUGCAGUUAUCCGAACAGAGUGCCAAUGGAGUGUCUAGCCAUGAUACAGAUUUUGAGGAAAAAAAGAUUAAAACACUGGACAAUAUUGUAAAUGUUAAACAAAAGGUCAAAGGCGAGAUAGUUAGUUUAAAAGACAAACUAAAAUUGGCUCGAGAAACGAUUUCGAAAUUUAAAGUCGAAUUGGCCAAGGUGCAAAAGCCGCCCGCGUAAUCCCCCAUUUACAUAUUUAAGUACUGCUACUUAAGAACUGAUUCUAAAAUAAGAAUGUCCAAUUUCAAAAUACAUAUAAUAUAUAAUUGAUUUAACUAUUUCGUACAACAAAUUACAGAAAUCUCCUAUAACUUAA